AUGGAGUCUUCGAAGAAGGCCAAAGGCUUUGUGAAGCCUUCUCGAUCCUCUGCUCGGCUUGCAGCAAGGUUUGGUGCUGGAGACAUAAUUCGUGACGGUAAAAAGGGUUAUCUCUUUUUUGACAAGUGUAUCUGCUACCAUAUUGGCUUCGCCAUUGAUGCAAAGGCGUUCAAAGCAUGGGAUGGCAUACAGAGAGAGCAUACCGUAGCGGUUUCCAAGACCAAGGAUUGCUUGAACGCAGUUGUGUCCAGAGUCCCAUUGGUUGAUGGGGCCAAGGGUAAGAGCCAAACAGUCUCACAAGCACUUCGACAAGCUGCCGAUAUUGCAAAUUCCAUCAAGACAACCAUAUAUCUUCUUACUACCAUGGCCCAGAGGAUGGCUUCUCUACUUCCAGAGCUUGCAAGGGUAGUGACAAAAGAGAUGGCUCUUUCAGAGGAGACUCUUGAAUUGCUAGGUGUUGUUGCCGAUUUAGAGGAAUCAGUGCCGGCUCUGCAGCAGAAGAACUACAUCGAUCUCAAAGUCUACAUUACUGGCUGUCUCAAUCACCAGGUGGACUGUGAGGAGGUGUUCUCAAAGGAUAGCUCUCCACUCACAAAGAUGAAUAACAAUUUGACCAAGCUCAUGUUGAUGACUCUUGAUCUCGUAAACUAUCUUUCUCCCUCCUGA